AUGACGCGCGCCUGCCUCUCAUUCACUAUAAGCACUAUUCCCGAGAUUGUGAAAUCGUUGCUGCGGGCAGAGGGGCGCCUUUGGGAAUUUUGGGCACUCAGGAAGGCGGAGAAGCAGCGGGAAGUGCUGGCAGGGGUGUAUGCGGAUGCGGAGAGGGUGGUCAGAAUGAUAUCAAACAUCACAAACAGCAGCGACGAAAAGUACCCAAUCCUCAACUCCGCGCCCCCGUUAACGCUCUACAUUGGCUCCGGCGCCAAAAGUAGAAUGCUGCGCGACACCGCCGUUCAGAUCGUGAACGCUACCAUUGACGUGCUAGUAUCAAAAUCCCCUGUCGAGAUCUCCAAUCCAGUUCCCGAAUGUGGGGAGAAAUACAUCUAUCUUGGAUCUCGACUCUAUCUCGCAAUUGACCAAGUCCCGUCCGUGUAUUAUACGGGGUUUACGUAUGAUAUUGCGCUACAGGCUGCGAGGGGCUAUAGAGACUGGUUGGAGGCGCGGAAGGAAAGCUCGGUGGCGUUGGAUUUGGUAAGGAUUGUGGAUGCAGGGGGUGAGCAGAUGGUGGAAGGCCUUUUGCAGCUAGGGCCGUAG